AUGAUGUACAGAUUAAUGUUGCUUGUGGUUUUCUAUAAUGUGUUUUGCACCAUUGCGGAAGUCGAAACGAACGGCUAUCGCAUACCAUUAGUUAGACGAAAAUCACCGUUGCACAUGUUAAUUAAAGAUCCCGACUACACGAGGAAAUUAAAUAUUCAAAAAACUCAUCCAACGAACGAGAAUAUCACACUAUUCAAAUAUUUGGACAGUGAAUACUAUGCUCAAAUAUUAGUGGGAAAACCAGGACAGAAAUUUACUGUAAUUUUUGACACGACAUGGGGUGACAUGUGGAUACCGUCAAAACUAUGUUCAAAAAGAAUAUAUCCGAUUUGCGACAAGAAAAACUUGUAUGAUCCUGAUGUUUCGUCGUCGCACAAGUCUAUCGAUCCAGCACCGUUUAAUGUGGACGGAUUAGUAGGAAAUUUAACAUGCGACACAGUUGUGAUGGGUCAUUUAAAUGUCAGUGAUUUAAUAUUUGCUGCAAUCAGUGAGAUACCGAGUGUCUCGCAAUAUCAAAUGAUGCACGCCGAUGGACUGAUUGGUUUAGGAUACAAUACCUUGGCUAGAACGACAAACCAACCAUUUUUUUAUAAGCUACUGGAGGAUAAAAAAAUUUUAAAACCAAUUUUCUCAGUAUACAUGAACCGGGAUAAGACUACAGACAAAGGAGGAAUAAUAUUUCUUGGUGGAAUUGAACCAAAACACAUCAAAGGUGAAAUAACCUAUGUACCUGUAUCAAUAAAAAAAUAUUGGCAAAUUGAAAUGAAUCAGUUUUCAGUACAUGGGAACAAAACAAAUUCAAAGACAUUUUGUGGUAAUCAUGGAUGCCAAGUGAUAUUGGAUACCAGCUCGAACGCAAUCGGAGUGCCUAAUGAAUACGUACUUGCCAUAAACAAUUUAAUCUCAGCUACUAAGUAUUUAUACAACAGAUACGAGGUACCGUGUUCAAAAGUGAAUAAGUUGCCAAAAAUUACUCUCAACAUAGGUUCUCGAGAUUUUCACAUUAGUGGAAGAAAUUAUAUCCAAGAAAUGGAGAAUGAAAAUGGAACGGUUUGCAUAACGGCGUUUUGUGAUUCACAAUUGCCAGACGGACUUUGGUCAUUAGGGGGUGGAUUUUUGUCAAGCGUUUACACUACGUUUGAUUUGGAAAAUAAUAGAGUCGGAAUUGCUGAUUUAAAAUAG